UUUGCAAUUUAAAUAAAAAUGGAACCUUCUUUAAGAAGCGCUCAUGCUGUAGAAUGGUUGAGAAAGAGAUUUAUGCAUCCAAAUCCUGAAUUUUACAAAUGUUUUAACUCAGGAAAUACAAAGCAGCAAGACUCAGAACUGGGGAGAUGAUUAGCAAAAGUAGACACUGGAAGUUCAGGAAGUCUUUCCAUCACGGAGAUUCAUUCCAUGCUCAAAAGCAUCGGUAUUGGGAUAUCCCAGCAAGAGUGAUUCGAGAUCUUUCAAAGUUGGCAUGCUACAAAUUCUGAUCAUGGUGGAAUUAUACCAAAAACUGAUCUGAACAAAAGUGGAUUAAAUUUUGAACAAUUUAAAGCCUUUAUCAUGUCUGAAGAAGGCACUAAAAAGCUCCAAGAAGUCUGCAUAUAAAAACCUCUAUCACAUCGCUCCCUAUUCAUCCAAAUGUCCACCUAAAAGCUCCCAAUUUUAGCUCUCACUCAGUACACCGCUCAAAAUCUAAGUCAGCUCUCGGGGACAUCUCCAAGAACCUAGAACAAGACCGGACCAGUGCACAGCUUGGAGGACAGGUGGAAUUAUGUGGAAGAAUGAAGUCCCACAAUCCCCCUACCACCCUCUCAGGCUCACAACCCCAUCCUAACCCCUCCUCCGCACCUCUCCAACCCCCCUGCCCCUCUAACCCCUUCAAAUCCCACCCCCUUCGCCAAUCGCAACGCCUCAAGAUCCUAUUCCACCAGGCAAAACAACGUGUAAAAUCCUCCCACACAUCUCUCAGGACAAAUCUAGGCACCCUUAAGAAACUGAGAUUACUGAGCGGCCACAGAAGAGAGCAGGGAAUUGGGGAAUUUAAGCAGUGGAAAGUCAAGGAGGAUAAGAAGUAUGAGAGGAAGAGGAAGAGAGAUAGACAGAGGGUUCAGACGAUGAUUGAGCAAGCGAAGGUAGUGGGGAGGAGGAUGGUGGAGAAGGGGUGUAGCAGAGGGGGGAGUGGAAGUGUGAUGGGUGAGAGACCAGGGUCUGUGAGGACAGUCAAGGUGAGGAGUAGGUGUAAGGCGUCGUUUGCUUUGAAGAAGACGGAGAGGCUUCUUAGGCAAAAAUCUGCCCAAGGGGGAAAGAAGAAAGCUGUUUCUCAGACAAGAAGGUCUAAUUCAAUCAAAGAGAACACUCAUAUGCCAUCAAUAAAGGUUGAUAACUCUCAUAUUAAUCCAAGCAUGAUGGAUAAAUUGGAAGAAUCAUCGAAGCCCCGAGGAUUGAGAACCAGUAAAAACAUAUUGGUGAACAAAACUAUUGAAGAUUUCUGGACCAAAAAUAUAACCAAAUUUGAUACAAACAAGCCAAUGAAUCAGCCUGAUGGAAAUUCUAAAAGCAGAGGUAACUUCACAGGAUACAGUAAGCUUCUGAGCAAUAUUUUAUAGAAAGCUUAUUGCAUAAACAAGAAAGAGCUGUAGAGAAUAAGGAGAAUAUGCACCCGAAUUCUUCUCUAAUGAAUAGGAAAAAUCAAAAGAAUUUAGUAAAGAUGGCAAGUAAUAGCAUUCAAUAUAAGCAAAAUCUACAUGGAAGACCAGAGAACAUCCAGGGCUUAAGACCAUACAUUCCAGUCAACCCAGCCCAACCCAAAAUCCUAAAAGUAAUCCCAAACGCCACUAAGAAGAACUAAGAGGCCUAAUAAAGCCACCAAUAAUCAUUCGGCCAAGUAAACCUGCACAUAUUUCUCAAUAUUUAC